AGGUCGACAACAAUGUUGGCUUGCCAACGUGCGAUUCCAUAUAUGUCUGCAUCCGAAUGCGCCAACAGUCGACCUAGCAGACGAUGUUUUUCGUGUGAUGAAAAGAAGACAAUGAUUUGAUUAAAUGAUUAAGUUGGAAUUUCAAUGCGCUUGCUAUAUUAAUACAGAAUUGUUUUCUUGUGUUGUGUAUUAUUUUGAUUAAACAGUGAGUCGGAAAUUCCAUUGGCAACAGAUGUCGCAGUAGUAGCAGAAACGGAACGCAGACGGCGUUUUCUGCUGCAGUGCGUCUGCGGUGUCGACGGUCGAGGAGACUUGGCCUGCACUGGCUGUAAAAACACGGUGUUUUUGAACAGCCUUAUGGGGGAUUAUACUUUCAGUGUAUCCGCCAAUGUGAGGGCCUUGUCUCCAGUCGAGUUCCAGCCCAAUCCAGGUAACAGCGCCCUAUUCUUUACUCCCGAUCAAAUUGGCCACACGAUGCAAGACGACCUGCUGCUUGAGAAGAGCGCCGGCAAACAGGCCUCAUCCCAGCUGUCGACUGCAAGUGUCGAGACUACAUCCAACGGAGAACAAGCCCUAGAAGAGUAUUCGUCGCGCAAGGGCAAAGGGGAAGACCCGGCAGCAAAUUCGCUGCCCGAGAAGACGGAGAGCCCGGACGUAGUGCCUUCUCCGCUGCAAAUGGGCUUCUCGUCAGAGGUGAUCGCCACCUCGGGAGCCAACUUUUGGUCAGCUGUGGCGACGGACGAAGCCUUUAUCCAGGGCAUUCCGACUGUUAACGGCACGCUGGCUUUUCCCAGCUUCCCGAGCCCGAUGCUGGGCGCAGGCCACCCCCAGCGGCGGGCCAUCACGGGUGCGCACAAUUUCGCUGCGCCGACUAGGGGCCCGCCGCCUCAGGGGCCCCCCCUGUUCAAGGCCUACUCCAGCUGGAGCAGCCCGCAGCAGCCGAGCUGGUCGAGCCCACCGUGGAGCGGUUUGACCCAGAAGCGCUCGGUUCCCAGCCUUGGGCCGCUCUCGCCGGCCGGCAAAGAGAGCCCCAAGUUUCGUCGGAGCACUUCGCUGCCCAAGCCGGACGAGGACGGCUUCCAGGUCGCCCAGGGCCCGCUGGACACGCUGCGGUUCCCGCUCGAGCAGCAACUGCUCGACAUGGUGCGCCAGGAUCCGCCUGAAGCAGCUGCCCACUACUGCAAGCCAUGGGGUGGCCUCGGUGCUGCAUCGACGCUCGGCUCGACGGCCGCAUACCCGGGCGCCGCCGCCGAGUUCAGGCCCGACGAGGCUCGGCUUCAGGCGCGCGGAGGUAAGCCGGACGGCCAAGCGCGCGACCCGAACCCGAGCGCGCGCGUGCACUACGCAGGACGUGGCGGCUUUUCGCGGAGGAAAGGGCGCGCGGGCGGCGGUGGUGGUGGCGGCGGCGGCGGCGGCGGGCCCUGGCUCUUGGCCGGCGCCAAGUCGCCUUUCUUCCUGGACGGCGACCUGGUGCUCGAGGAGCAGCGUUGCUCGCCCAAGGGCGGCGAGCCCGCGGCCGAGCGCUACUCGCGCAAGGUGUUCGUGGGCGGGCUGCCGCCGGACAUCGACGAGGAAGAGAUCACCGCCAGCUUCCGGCGGUUCGGCCCUCUGGUAGUGGACUGGCCCCACAAGGCGGAGAGCAAGUCAUACUUUCCGCCGAAGGGCUACGCGUUCCUGCUCUUCCAAGACGAGUGCUCGGUGCAGGCGCUGAUGGACGCGUGCAUCCAGGAGGAGGACAAGCUGUACCUGUGCGUGAGCAGCCCCACCAUCAAGGACAAGCCGGUACAGAUCCGGCCCUGGCGGCUCGGCGACGCUGAUUUCGUGCUGGACGCGUCGCUGCCGUUGGACCCGCGCAAGACGGUCUUCGUGGGCGGCGUGCCGCGGCCGCUGAAGGCCGUCGAGCUGGCCAUGAUCAUGGACCGGCUGUACGGCGGUGUCUGCUACGCGGGCAUUGACACAGACCCCGAGCUCAAGUACCCCAAGGGUGCUGGCCGCGUGGCCUUCUCCAACCAGCAGAGCUACAUUGCUGCUAUCAGCGCGCGCUUCGUGCAGCUGCAGCACGGGGACAUCGAAAAGCGGGUCGAGGUCAAGCCGUACGUGCUCGAUGACCAGAUGUGUGACGAGUGCCAGGGUGCCCGGUGCGGCGGCAAGUUCGCGCCUUUCUUCUGCGCCAACGUGACCUGCCUGCAGUACUACUGCGAGCACUGCUGGGCCACCAUCCACUCGCGGCCGGGUCGCGAGUUCCACAAGCCUCUGGUCAAGGAGGGCGCCGACCGGCCGCGGGCUGUGCCCUUCCGCUGGUGCUAGGCGCGUGUGAUAUAGCCUCUGCUUGAGUUCCCCUAGGGACAAUCAGACGCCCGUAGACGGUCGACACGUAUAUAUAUUUAUCGACAUAUCUCGCCCUUUCUAGUCAGGCAGCCGUAGCAAGCUCACAGACAGGGUUGUUGUGCCAAACUUGGUUGGCUUGGGUUGCCCCAGGGCGUCAGUGGGGGAUUCGAGCCUGUAGUCAGCGCUGCUGAGUGUGUCGUUUGCCUCUCCCCGUUGAUCUCAGGCGGCGGACGCCAGUGUGUUACUGUUAGGCGAGCAGUUCGUUGUUGCCGGGCCACUUCUUAGAGCAGCCCGGUGGCUCCGUCAAGCUAGCAUGGUUCCAGCUGUUUUCUCUUCUGCAUCGACGUGUCUUUUAUAUGCUACUCCAUGUGAUCAAAAUUUUAGCCUCUGCUCGUUUCACUUUUGGACGUUUUUCGUUACUUUUUUUAUGAGGUGUUGACUUUUUUAGGACAAGUGCAAAGAUGCACUUGCUUUAGAAGUGCGCGAAAAGUGGAGCGCCAAGCGUGGGGUACUUUUUGCCGUCCGCUUCCACACUUUGCAACAAUUGUGUGAACCGAGUGCAGGAGUUUUAAAGUUGCACUUUUUUUUACCUUCAACAAGUUUCGAAGCAAUUGUUUGUGACAUACUAGUCAGGCAGUGCCAGCAGAUGACACUUUGGCUGUUUUUUGUACAGUGCACGGUCAGUUUACUACACACACUUGUGUCAAGCCCUGUGUACACGCGUGAGCUCACCCGAAAUGAGCCUCUUUUGUUUUCUAGAGUCAAUUGUGCUUUACAUUAGCGGCUUUACUUGGGUUAUGUUGACCAGUUGAAGCUGUUUUAUAUACUGGCUCAGGGUUAUGUGCAAAUAAGAGGACCGCAGAAAUGUUGUCAUAUGUUAGUGACCUUGCAAUCACUUUGCAUUAAAUCUUUUUUUAGAUGAUA